UUAAUUCAAUUAGUCGAAUGCUGGGGUCGCAUUCGGUCGCAUAAAGAUAGAGCACAUAACGGUCCUCGUCGUCGUGCAUCGCCAGCUUUAAAACGGUUAACCGUGGCGGUAUACUAUAUAAAUAUCGGAACAAACUUGCAGUAAAUCUCAAUCCUUUCGAAAUCUCCUUAAAUCCUCGAUUAUGUUGGCAAAUUGCUUUUUCCUCCACCAGGCGGCGCUCUCAUCAUCCAUCAUUCUGAUAACGAUGACGUUGACGACGACGACGACAACGGCAUUACCCGCCGCCGCCGCCGCAGCCGGAGUUCAAUCGAGUCGCGAUUUAGCCAGAAUUUCCGGAAGUCUCGGCAUCAUCGAUGACAUAAUGCACUAUGGCACACAAAAUGUUACAUCCUCCAUACAGGACAGUCUUAAAAGUGAUUUGAAAACGGAUGAUUUGAUAUUUGUCGAAACUAAACCACGCAACGAUUUCGUCCAUUGGGACUUUGUCGACGAUGCCGAUGAUGAGAUUGUAAAAGUUGGCGAAGAUGGAAAUUAUGUUUUCGAGAAGCCACAGAUUGAUAUGAGUGAUUUUGUGAGUUUGGUGCCACAGGAAGUGAGUGGAAUUGUUGCUAGAUAUUAUAAGAAUGAUAUGGAAGUGCAAAAAGGUUAUACUUAUUUGAGGAGUAAGGAUUUUGAUGAGCUAAAGGAUCGCAUCAUUGCAAAUCCCGAGAUGAAUUCGUUUUUGAAUUAUCUCAAUAAUAGUGGAUUGGAUGUGGUUGGGUUGGCGUAUGCAUUGGUAAAUGUCACAGGAACGCCGGAGGAGAAUAUUGUUGAAGAGGAAGAAGAGGAAGAUAAAAAUGCAAAUUCAACAACAACGAUGCCUACGGAAAGCCUAAAUGGACUUCAUGGAUUGGUUGACAGUAUACUCGAUAUACUGCCACAGGAUCAAAUUUUAUCAUUGUUCUUUGAUAAACUUGAGACGAGUGAGGAAUUUUCAAAAUUGGUUGAAAAUAUUGGUAGUCCAGAAUUUGAAAAGAUAUUACAUAAACUAGAGGAUUCAAUUGCGUUGCGAAAUUUAAUUUACAUUCUACAUACUAACGGCAUUUAUAUUACAAAAAUAGUCGAUUCUCUAAAGGCGUACUUUUUCCUUGGAACAUUCUAAAGAAUUGAACACAAUUUUAUACUUCCUUUAUUAUCAACAAGAUAGAAGCGGACAGCAACAUUAUGGUGCAUUGCAAUUUUCUAUCAGAGUAUUGAAUGAAGGAAUCGCCUUAAAAUCAAUCGACAAAACGUGUCCUUUUUCUUUCUCAAUCUAUAAUAUCUUUUCUUUUUUAUACAAACUUUUUCUUUCUUUCAAUGCAGAAAUUAAUGAUAAAUAAAAUAUAUUUA